UCCGUCCCUCCGAAGCACAACUCCGUAUCGCCGAGAGCGGAGGUGGCUCCGGCUGCAGUGCAGCCCUUCGUCGCACCGGCGGGAGGCCGAAGCGCGCUCCUACGCGCGCUCCCGCCACGCUUUGACCGCGCGCAGGACAGAGCGGGGCCGUGCGGCGGCAGCCCCGGUGGGCGGGGCCAGAGCCUGGGCGCGUGCGCAGUGGCGCCGCGCAUGCGGGCGUGGGGGCGCCGAGAGGCGUACCGGAGGCAGCGCGGGCGGCAGCUUGCUGUGUGUUUCAGAUCCAAUGGCUGUCCCACCGUCAUACUGUGACCUGGGAAAGUCUGCCAGGGAUGUUUUCAACAAGGGAUAUGGAUUUGGAAUGGUCAAGUUAGAGUUGAAGACCAAGUCUUCCAGUGGGGUGGAAUUCACUGCAACCGGUUCUUCCAGCACGGACACAGGCAAGGCUUCAGGCAGUCUAGAGACCAAAUAUAAGGAGAAAGACCAUGGACUUACAUUCACUCAGAAGUGGAACACAGAUAACACACUGGGAACAGAAGUUUGUGUCGAGAAUCAAUUGGCUGAAGGGUUGAAGGUGGCUCUUGACACUACAUUUGUACCAAACACAGGGAAGAAGAGUGGAAAGUUGAAGACCACCUACAAAAGAGAUUAUAUACAUGUAGGCUGCAACGUAGACAUUGAUCUCUCUGGACCAACUGUUUAUGGCUGGGCAGUGGUGGGCUAUGAAGGCUGGCUUGCUGGCUACCAGAUGGCUUAUGAUACAGCCAAGUAUAAGCUUUCACAAAGUAACUUUGCCUUGGGAUAUAAGGCAGGAGACUUUCAGCUGCACACUAAUGUGAAUGAUGGCACUGAGUUUGGUGGGUCUAUUUAUCAGAAGGUUACUAAUAAGGUUGAGACAUCAGUCAAUCUUGCAUGGACUGCUGGCAGUAACAACACACGUUUUGGUAUUGCUGGAAAGUACCAACUGGAUGACAAGUCUUCCGUUGUGGCUAAAGUGAACAAUGCCAGCCUCAUUGGAAUUGGUUACACUCAUGCCCUCCGACCUGGUGUAAAGCUGACACUCUCAGGCUUGGUUGACGCCAAGAAUUUCAGUGCUGGAGGUCACAAACUCGGGCUGGGAUUUGAGCUGGAAGUCUAACACAGCUUUAAGUAAAACAACUGGUGGUGCUCUGGAGCAUGAAGGAAAAGUGUACCCCAUGCAUUUCAGCCUUAAUAUUACUCUGAAAUUUGAAGAAGUGUGAACUUUCUACUCUGCCCAAGAAUGACUUUAACCCAAUGCUGAAGUCCAGAGUGUGCCAGCACAACAAAGGAAGACAUGUGAAGGCAUGCAUGGAAGUUGUGAUGUUUGUGCCACAUUUCAGUUUCCUGUAUUUUAAAUCUGUUUCAAAAAAAAACCAGAAGAAAAUCCAACCUCUCCCCACUAUUGUAUUGCAUUUUGCAUGUCCUAUACUCACAGGCUUUUAUAAAAGGUGGUCUCUGUGCCGUAGUGGAAAUUUGGGGUUACAUCAGAAUGAAAUAAAUUGGUCACGGUCAGAA